UUUUUCGCCUCCCCCGGUGUACUACGAAACUCGGGAACUGAACGGAUCGGGAAAUCCUGUGCAUGACAAUGGCACAAGACCGGAUCAUGGAGUCCCGCGUCGGACGCAAGAACCAGCGUUACGGUUCAAAAGGCGAGCGCCUGGUGGCCGGCGUCGUCCCCAUCUCCGCCGACAAGACCAAAGUCCUGAUGAUUCAAUCCGCAGGCCCCGGUGGUUGGGUGCUGCCCAAGGGAGGAUGGGAGACCGAUGAACAAACCGCUCAGCAGGCUGCAUGCCGCGAGGCCUGGGAGGAAGCCGGCGUCAUCUGCACCGUCAUGCGGGAUCUGGGAUUGAUCCCCGACAUGCGCCCCUCCGCCCUCCUCACUGCAAACGCCCCCAAGGCCUCCUAUCAAUUCUUCGAAGUCAGCGUCGACCGCGAAGAGAGUGAAUGGCCCGAGAAGCACAAGCGGAAACGACAGUGGGUCGGCUACACCCAGGCCGCAACUGCGCUGGCCAAUCGACCCGAGCUGCUGGAAGCUUUAAAUCGCAGCUCGCUCAAGCGAUAGCCACCGUCCGUACAUACUGUGAUACAUGGCUUCAUACAUGCGAAGCCUCGGGUGUUGCUCCUCACCCGAUUCAUGACUUGACACGACCCUGAAAAAAUGAGAUCGGUGGCUCUCUUCUUUUCUUGAUUUU